AUGGAAAUCGAAGAUAGCCGAAAAAUCACGGUGCUGAUUGAUAAGUUGCAAUUUUAUGAUACUGUUCUCAAGAAGCAAGUGAUGAGAAUGAAUAGUGAAAUCAGCUCAAUGCAGGAGGAAUGCUGUGGUGCAACCACGGGAGAUGACUAUCUGGCCAGCCGUUGGAUGGCGCUGGUAUCUACGGAUCCAGCUUUUGAAAACGAAGACCCUCCUUUGGUGCCGCUAUCGUGCUGCCGCCAAAUCCAUGGAGCUUCUGCACUUAACCCUGUAGCGAAAAGUUUGGCACGAUGCCAGCAGAGUAAUCCUAAUCGCAAUUGGAGACACAUUGCGCAGCAGUGUUGCGGUGGCGAGGGGCCGCGAGACUACUACAAUUCAUUUUGGUUUAUUACUAACACUUACCGAGGCACACGCUCAUUUGUACCACCAUCGUGCUGCCGUCAGUCACAACAGGGCCGAGCCUGGGCACCAGUUCCGAUUGACCCAAUGUGUACUACAUAUAGAUAUGAUUCGAAAGCAUUCGAGAGUUCUGUCUAUAACGAAGGCUGCCACGAAAAGCUGUUAAAAUGGUUGGAUGAGCAAACAUGGAUCUUUGCUGGAGUUGGAUUCGGUUUCGCUGCCCUGAUGGUGGGUCUCUCUACGAAAUUCAACAACUUUUUAAAUUUAGGAGGAAGGAAAGUUGUUCUCUUAUCCCAUCCAAUCACGUUUAUCUGUAUGAUGUCCAAUCGAAUCUCUUAUACAUGA